AUGGCUAAUUUCACAAAGGAAGAAAUUGACAUUAUUGUGGUUGGAGCUGGACCAUCUGGUAUAGCUAUUCAUGUCCUAACAAGGGAGAUGGUGUAUACUUCAAUGUUGUUGCUAAAAUAUUUACCAAUAUCUUUGAUUGAUACUGUAAUUGCGAAGUACGCAAAAUUUAAGUUAGGAAAUUUGUCAGAAUUAGGAAUACCACAACCAGAAGAAGGUCCAUUUUCUUUUAGGGUAUCGAAAGGUAGGUCCCCAGUAAUUGAUGUUGGUGCCAUUGACAAGAUUAAAUUUGAACAGAUUAAGGAUCAUACAGUAGUGUUUGACAAUGGAGAUGAACAUCAAUUUGAUGCAAUCAUUUUUGCUACUGGAUACAAGAAUAUUGGUACCAAAUGGCUAAAGAGGCAAAGACUAGGAUUGGAAGCUGAAGCUAAUGCAAAAGGUAUUCAGCAGUAUGCUGUGAACAACCUGCCUAGGGUGGUGGAUGAGCAACCAGGAAUGGAAGAAAUAGCUCCUCCCCACCGCCAACCACUAGAUCGAAGAGGUCGAGCACAGUACCCAACUCACAUGAUGUACGAAGAUGAUGACUUAGAUUUGGAUGGAGCUAGAGCCACAUGA